UGGGUUGAGGUUCGGUUAUAGUUGCGUAUAGAACAAGAAGCGAAGAAUGGACGAGCAGUGUACACGUAGCGCGCCAUGAAGCCAUGACUAUUCUUUCCCUUCAUCUCCGUACGUUGACACUCCCCCUUCAUCUUCUGAAGCUCUCAUCGUCUCCUUCUUUCAACCUUCAGUAUCCCAUUGCAAACCGUUUGUUUUCCGAUCAAGUCUCAGAAUCCACAAUGGGUACUGCAACCUCCCAUGCUUUGGCUGCAUUAUUCUCUUUUUCCUAUCUUUUCUAUUCUUUACUCUCUCAUCCACCUACUACUCUGCAUUUUGGAUGUAAAGAAGCUGAAAUUGAUCAAAUGAGGGAAGUUUGUACCAAGGAGACAUGUGAUUACAUCUCAAGAAAGCGCUUAUCUGAUGAAAUAAUCCCCCACAUAUUGAAUCUAUAUGCAUCCAAAGCUACGCCACAAGACUUUGAAAUUUAUGCCCCAAAUGCUUCAUUCGAGGAUCCGCUUAUGUGUGCUCAUGGAGUGAAGCAAAUCAAGUCAGCAUUUUACUCUCUUUCCAAGGUCUUUGGUGAGUCCAAAAUUGUGGAUUACAGUGUGACAGAAAAUUUGACUUCACCACGAAAUGGAGAGAUAUUAAUUGAUAACAAGCAACAGUAUAAAUUUUUGGGGAGAAACAUAGAUGUGAUAUCCCUCAUCAAAUUAAAUGUCGUGGAAGGAAAGGUUGUUCGCCAUGAAGACUGGUGGAACAAGAAGCCUCUUUGGAACAGAGAAACAGUUAAUCUGCCACUUGUUGGUCGAUUUAUGGAAACUACUCGUAGAGGUUCCAUGUUAGCAACUCAUGCAAUGAUGGGUUUUGGGAAGGAUCCCAACCCUGUAAAGUCACUUGAUUAAGAUAAGAUUCACACUCUACCUUUUGCUCAUUCAAAAUAAACAUAAGCAAUUGUUUAUUGUUGAGGCAUUGAAGUUCCCAUUUUCUGCUAAGGCUGUGUGCUUGUGGUUUGGGAACUAGAUCAGCUGUUUCAUGAAUUAAAAUUAGUUAUUUAGGAUUAUCUUGAUCUCGAAUAUGUUAGUAAUAUAUAGCAUUAGCAUCCACAAAUAGUAUCAACAUCAUUACUCUUCUUUUGAUGCUUUAAUUCAAAGUAGUACACUCGAAUAAAAUGUCUUUAGAGAAACUAAAGAGCUAUUUGCACUUUCCUACCAUCUUUUUAUUUUUCUUUA